AUGGACCAGACAUACCCCGAGCUUACUUGGCGCCAGACCACUCCAGGAGUAUGGCAGCGCACCGCAGACGAGAUCGAGAAGUUCUACUCAGCCCUUGCAACGCUUUAUGAAGGAAGCAGUCUCAUGUUCUUUGCGAUCACUGGUCACAUCUCCUUACAUAUUGAUGUCCGGGACGUAGGGGAUAGUACUGAGGAGGCCGGAAUUAUCUUUGAUAAGGCUUUGGAGUCUGCUUGGCUCGCCAUCCGAUGUGAUCAUCCAACCAUCGCUUCACAGGUCACCCAGAACCUCGUCACUGGCAAGUGGACCAAGACGUACCGCCGAUGUGGUGAUCUGGCCGAACAGAAAUGCUGGCUUGAAGAGACGCUCAUACACGUGUCGGGCGAACAAACUGGUCAACAAUGGGCUAACAAUCAGCCGCCAGCCCCAAAGAUGCCGACCUUGUUCGUCCUCAGCCCACCCUCUCACAAAGAUGGUAUGAUUAGACGCGAUCUUGUCUUCCGCUCGCCCCACGACAUCAUCGACGGGGUCGGAACCCUGAUUCUCUUAAGCAAUCUCGUCACUUACGCCUCCAAAGCCUUUUACGAAGGAGAUGCUUACAAGCCCCCGGCCCUUGAUGGUUCCGAGGCUGCGAACCUGAGCCCGCCCUAUCGCGUUGCCGCCAACGUUCCCGUGACGCUCACUUCCGACCAAGAGAAGCGCUUGGCAGACAUGGCAGCGCAAAAAGCUGCCGCUAUGAAUGCAACCGACGUAGAAGUCCUUGAUGUACCUUACCGACACGGCGCCAGCAUCCCAGGCCGUCACCAACGCGUCGCUCGUACUCUCACCAAAGAGCAGACUGCCUUGCUCACCCCCGCGUGCAAAGCUGCCAACGCAACAGUCACGCACGCCUUCCAUGCAGCCAUCGCACUCGUCCUCCGUGAUAUCCAAAAACGAGCCCCCGAGGCCAAGCGCGUGCGUUACGUCAACUACAUCCUCCGCAACGAGCGCGCAAGCUGUCGAGCGCCGUACAAUUCUCAUCGGCAUCCCGCCGCCCUUUACCAUUCCGUUCCCGGCCAGAGUCUGGUGGUCGAUAUGGACCUUCCCGCCGCCGGCGACGACCAAGUCAGCGACGGAGAGUUUCUGCGUGUUGUGCAGAUCAUGAAAGACUUUUACCAUGGCGUCCGGAACGACGAGGAACACUACGCCCUCGCCCCGACCAUCUGGGCCGCCGCAACCCCGGACGUACCCGCGUCUCCCCGGCCGCUGCCCGUGCCCCCGCCAAAGACCCACCCCUCCGUGUCCAUAUCCAGCAUGGGCCGCGUCGACAACAUCAUUGCUCCCAAGACGGGAGCCAUCGAGGUGUACGACCCGUGGGUGACGGGCGAAGAGCUGGGGAACGGCCUGGGCCUCUUCUUGGGCACGUUCAGGGGCGAACUGUAUCUCAGCGCUGCUUACAACGAUGCCUGGCACACGGCGGCCGACGUUCUUGACUUCCUGAAGCGGUGCGAGGACGUGGUUUUCAAAGGAUUCGACCUCCAAUUUACCCGAUAA